AUGCCGUCGCGCCCGAAGAACGUCAAGGACCUGAUCAAGAAGGCCAAGGGCGGAUGCGCGGAGUCCGCCUUUGAGCUGUACAUGCACUUCAACGUCGGGACAAGAGGCGUGAAGCAGAACGACGCGGAGGCAGGGUCGUGGCUCGAGAAAGCCGCGCAGCUGGGCCACGUCACCGCGCGCGCGAUCUGUGGCGAUACAAGAGAUGAUUGGGGGCAGUGUCCAGAGAACAUAAAGGCUCUCAUGUUUAAGGCCACGAAGCAAGACUGCGGUGCGUCCGCGUGGGAGCUCGCCCAACACUACGAACUCGGGACCGGUGGCGUCGGGAAAAGUAACGCGACGGGCGAGUACUGGUUGUCGAAGAGCUACGAGCUGAAGCACAUACCCGCGCAGUUGGCAGUCGCAAAGAACGAUUACAGAGCGGGCUUAGACAUGUCAAGGCCUACAUCUGAACGUACAAAUGACUCCCAGGCGUUCAUUUCGGAGAUCUUCGCGGAUGUCGCCGAGCGAGGCGACGCCAACGGCGAGUUUUGGCUCGGCGCGGUGUACCUACACGGCUACGGAGUCGAGCGAGACGAAGCGAAAUAUAUCGAGUUGUGUCGAUCAGCGGCGGAGAAGGGCGAUCCAGAAGCGCAAUAUUGGUACGGUAAGGCGUACCAUCGCGGUAUUGAUGAAUGCCUCCAAGCGGACUGGGUGAAGCACGAAUACUGGGUCGCGAAGUCUGCCGGCGGCGGAUAUGCCGCCGCUGUCAAAGAGUUAAAAAAAAUGAGGAAGGUAAAGACGGAGGUUCUCGACCUCAUCGUUAGUAUCACCGGCUUGAGCCUCAGCUCCGAGGCCAGAGUUGCGUUUGUGUUCGGAUCUCCUCCCGAACACAGGGCGGUGAACGAGUUCCACCACGUCGCGUUGUGUUUUCUCCACGGCCUGUGCGGCCUCGAGAAAAACAUUCGACUUGCGAAGGACAUACUCAAAGUCGCAUUGUUCCGGAUGGAGAAAGGCAGCGACGAUGUUAGACGUGACGUCACUGAAGAUGCCAUCACGGAGGUCAAAGCACUCCUGAAGCAGCUCCGCCGCUGCUCCGGGUGCGGAAAGUACGCGUACUGGACGUGCAAGCUGUGCCGCGGCGUAAGGUACUGCUCGCGAAAGUGCCAGAAGUGGCACUGGAAACACGGCGACGGCGAGCCGCACAAGGUUCACUGCCCGCGAGUGGUGACGACGAUAUCUGAGAGUCUCCUGGGAAAUUGA